AUGCUGCCGCGUUCCAUCCCCCGCCUUUCGAGAGUUUGGAUUCCAAGCGGAGGCUUUGCCGUCCCCGGUGUUGAAGAUGCCCAUUCAAAGCUCAUUCGCGCUGGCUUCCUUCGUCAGUCUCACGCAGGUAUCUUCCACAUGCUGCCUCUAGGGAAAAGGGUGCAGGACAAGGUGGAGCGACUGGUCGCGAAGCACAUGGAGGAGUCGCUAGCGGCUUCUAGGGUCUCGUUGUCUUCCAUUUCGAGCGAAGCUCUGUGGGAGCGCAGCGGGCGACUUCAAAAUAUCGCACCUGAGCUUUUCCGAUUCCUGGAUCGUAAAGGCGGUGCCUACCUGUUGUCUCCCACUCAUGAGGAAGAGAUCACCAAUCUGGUCGCGCAGACCGUAAGGUCGUAUAAGGAUCUACCGCUCCGACUCUACCAGAUCACCCGCAAGUUUCGAGAUGAGUUGCGCCCACGUCACGGACUUCUGCGUGGGCGUGAGUUUACCAUGAAGGACCUUUACACCUUUGACACCGAUUUGAGGUCCGCGCUGGACACGUACGAGAAAGUCCGGGGAGCUUAUUCUCGCAUAUUCAACGACAUGAAGCUCCCAGUCUUAGCGGCAAAGGCUAGUUCUGGUGAUAUGGGCGGCGACCUGAGCCAUGAAUAUCACUUGCCCUCGCCCUUCGGUGAGGACAGUGUCAUCACAUGUGGAAGCUGUGACUAUACUAUCAACGAGGAAAUAGCCACUACCAGGGUUGCACAUGAGACCUGUCAAGCUGAUCAUGUCGGAGUUUGGCGGGCUAUUACCAAAGACCGAUCUACACUCGUGAACGUCUGGUAUCCAACGAGAACAAGCAGGGCGGGCACCGGGGAAGUGCGCCAGUACACAACCACUGAUAUCAACAUCUAUGCCGUCAAAUCUCUUGUACCAGACCUUGAUGCUGGAGUCUCGGACGCCACGGAACUGUGGGCAGCGGCGACAGAAGGUCCGGACGUCACAGCAAAACGACUGGUGAACCUUUUCGACAGCAGACUUCCGCCGUCGUUCUCGGACACCUUGGAAGGCACAUCACUCUCCAUGUGGCCAGACGCUGUCAAAACAGGAGCAUCCAGAGUGGAUGUUCAGUCUCACGGAUCUUCCACUAGCGGUGGGAAAGCUUUGAACUUCCUCCGAAUCCGGACGGGGGAUGACUGCCCACAGUGCUCCUCUGGAACUUUGAAUGUUCAGAAGGCGAUGGAGCUGGGCCACACGUUUCACUUGGGCACUCGGUAUUCGGAGCCGUUGAACGCAAAAAUAUCUUUGCCGCCACCCAGUCCGAACGAGGCCAAAACGUCGCCGGGGGGUAGCGGGACUUCUAAGACAGUGAGCAUGCAAAUGGGAUGCCACGGAAUCGGAAUUUCACGUGUCAUGGGCGCCGUGGCUGAACACCUAGCCGAUGAUAAAGGCCUGAACUGGCCUGUUGCCAUUGCCCCAUACACCUGUGUUGUCGUAUUUGCUGAAGACCACUACAACGAUGCUGUAGAGGUUUACAAGCGUAUUCUUGACGGCUCCGGGGACCAGGAUGAGCGGCUAGACAUCAUUCUUGAUGAUCGCCAAAAAUCCUUGCCUUGGAAGCUUAAGGAUGCGACCUUAUUGGUGUUCCGGUAA